CCGAAUCACGAGUCAAAGCGCCGUAGCCCAUCUCCUGUGGACGCAGACUUCAGACUUAUCCUUUUUUUUUUUCUUACCUUGUCUUAAUCUUCUUAGUCGAGAAGCAAAACCGCUCGUUCCCAGAGGCGUGCAUGUGUGUAUAAGAGAGAUAAUUAAACAGAAAAGGAGAGAUUUUCUGCUGUGGUUUUGAAUUUUUGAAAGAUGGCUUCAGCACUGUUGCUGUGGAUUGUGUUUGUGUUUGAUCUGGUUGCUUUUGCUCUUGCUGUUGCUGCUGAGCAGAGAAGAAAUACCGCAGAGGUCAUAACACAAGGAGAUUACAGAUACUGUCAAUAUGAUUCAGAUAUUGCAACUGGAUUAGGUGUGGGUGCCUUGGUGGCCCUUAUGGCUAGUCAAAUUUUAAUAAUGGUGGCUAGUAGAUGCUUGUGCUGUGGAAAGGCCAUGAGACCUAGCGGGUCUAGAGCCUGGGCUAUCGUUCUAUUUAUCACCUGCUGGGUAUUCUUUUUCAUUGCUGAAGUCUGCUUGUUAGCGGGUUCAGUUCGGAAUGCCUACCACACAAAGUACUACUUGUCGCCAGAACGUAAGCUGUCAUGCCGGCAACUGAGAAAGGGUGUUUUUGGUGCUGGUGCUGCAUUUGUUGUCCUUACAGGCAUAGUAUCUGAGCUUUACUAUGUAUCCUAUACAAGGGCAAAUGAUGGUCAGGCUUCGUAUGGCAGAGACACUGGUGUGAGGAUGGGGAAUCUAUAGCUCAAUUUAGUCGGAACGAAAGGCAAGAAUAUUUGUCAUUAAACUUGUAGUUCAUUUGACUUGCAUAUCAUGAAUAUGGACGUAUAAGAGUUAACAUUAGCAUUCAUUUACUUAGACGCAUUAUGGUGUUCGAACUGUGUGUUAGAGCAGUUCCAUCGCUCUGUAGUACAAAGAAAAAAGUAGAAAUCUUGCAGGAGGAGAGCUACUUCUCCUCAAUGAGAAAGAAAUUGUCUCUCAGAUAACCUUUGGCAUUGAAAUUCUUCAUUUAUGAGAAAUUUUUAGCCCUCGAAGAAUUUUUGCUUUA